AUAAAAUAGUUACGAGCAUUUUAUAAGUUGUGAUCUUAAUUUUGAUCUUACACAAGGAUGGCCAAAUGAAAAAUAAUGACUUUAUACAUAAUCAAAUUAAAUCGAGGACAAAGGGAUUAUUAUGAUGAAAGUUAUGAGACGUGGAUUUCGGAUACAUAAAACUUGAGAAAAAAUCGUUGAAAAUAUUUUAUUUAAAUGUUUAUAAUUACACAUGUUAUAAUUGUUAAUAAGAGCUUAUGUUAAGUUUUAUUUAGAUGGUUGAGGUUGAUGGGCGUGUUGUACAAAGUUCUGAAUUUAUUUCGUUCCAUUUUGUGAACUUGAAAGAGUCUGCUGGGCACUGAUUCAUUCAGGAAUUUGAAUAAAUAGUUCUAGAAAAGGAGGGCAAUAUAACUUCAAUGUGUGGAAAUGGAUGUUAAUUUAAAACAAAAAAAUUAGGUCAUAGCAUUCAUUGAUAUGUGCUUUUAAUAUUUUUAUUAUACCAUACAGAGUAAAAUUAGUGUAUGAUAUAAUUUUACAUGACUAACAUGUCAUAUGGAAAUAGUGUUUGUAUUAAUAAUAACUUAGGUCAGAAUUCUGUAAUCAGAGUAUUAAAUGAUACAGAAUUAUCUGAGUCAUAAAAUGGAUAUAACAGUGAUACAUAUCCACUGGUAUGAUUGUGACUGAAUUGUAUGGAGUCAUUUUCAGUGAUUUAUCUAAAUGUGUGAGGAUAUGGAUUUGGACUAAUUUUGUCACCUAUUGCUAGCAAGGAAAGAAUGAGUGAUGUUAAAAGCCAAGCAGUUGAAGUGUACAAGAAACAUCUACUUAGUAAAGAAAGCCAUGAAUGGGAUACUGACCAGAACACAGAGGAGAGACUAGUCCAGGUCAAAGCUUUUGUGCUGGCAUUUCUGUGUACCUGCGCCCCUGAAAAUAAGUUUCAGUAUAUCGAAAUUCAGGAUAUCAUAUUAAAGAGUGCAUCAAUGCCCAAUUUUGUGGCGACAAAGUGUGGUGAAGCGUUUCGUCAUGUGGAGGGUUAUAUUAUUCUUCUGUGUCUUAUGCCAUGGAAACAGGAGUUUUGUAAAUUAAAGAAAUAUGGAGGAUUUUUUCGUACAAAAGUGGAAUCACAUCUUAAAAAUGUGGAGUCCCUGUUUCGAAAGAUUGGAUACAGAGAGUCUUCUAGUCAGCUCCUUAAGUUAGACGUUGUGCCUCCUCCUGAUAUUCUCUUGUAUAUCGCGUUUGAAUGCUUAAUGGCGUCAGUGGAGUGUGAAAUAAUAGGUGAAAUAUGGAAUUUAGUCGAGCAUACUGGAAUAAAGGUUUUUGAAGUGGUAAAAUUUCGAUUACAAACACAGGGGUCCGCGACAUCCACUGCAGAAAUAAUUUGCUCAAAGUAUGGAAUGAAAGUUCCUCAAAAUGUUAAACUAGCCGAAGGUAUCGGAACUGAUCAACAUGUUAGUCGAGGUUCAAGCAGCAAUGAUUUAAGUAAAGGUAUUGGUCUUUCUAAGGGAGUUAAUUUGGAUAAUAAAACUGGUGUUAAAGGUAAAUCAACUGAAGAUUUUAGAAAUCGGUUGCAACAACAUUUGCAAUUAAUUGAUAUUCCUUAUAUGGAUGAAGAAACAAAAGAACUUGACGCUGAGUGUGGUGAUAUUGACGAACAUGUAUUGGCAAGUAUAAAACAUCUGGACGACAAACACGUGACUCCAGUUGAAAAGCAGGAAGAAGUUGUUAAUCCGCUUAAACCAUCGCAGGAAUGGUCUUUUGUGAAUGAAGGUUUAAUGCAAAAAUAUGGUGAAAAGUAUUUCGAAGGUCCCAGAAAAGAUUUUCUGAAGAAAACUCCUCUAGUGGAGGAUGUGAGUGGUAAACCGACUUAUGUUCGUAUUGGAGCUUCUCAUGUGUAUGCCAAUGAAGCAGCCGAAAGAUUUGCAAAGCUACCUUACAGCACCCAAAUUAAUGAUGUUAAAAGUCAUCAAAUCUUGAGUAAAGACUCAGGAUUCGUUACUAACUCGACGAGAGAGCCUUUUACUGAAGCAAAUCUUUCUCACAGUUCUAACAUACCGAAUGUCACUCAUCCUCAUAGUAACCCACAUAAUUAUCAAGGCAACCGUUUUUCUGAGCCAUCCCCUAGCAACAAUAACCUAUCAUAUGAAGGCCAAGUUCGAAGGCAAAAACUGCCAUCGGCGUCAGAAGUUCUCCAAAGGUCAACACAGUCUGGAUCACACACGAUACCGUUUGCAUACCCUGCAAAAAACACUGUACCUACUGGAAGCUUUACGGCUCCAGUGAAUAUUCGGUCUGUCAGUGACAGCUCCAACCCUUUAAAUGUUAAAUAUCCGCCCCAGAUUUUGAGUACAGGCAGCACUCGUGCUGUUGGUUGGUCCUGCAAAUACUGCACUUUCAAAAAUUCAUUAGAUUGGACCGUGUGUGAAAUAUGUGGGAAGAGCAGGGGCAGCCUCGAGUUGGAUGGUCCGCCCUUAGUCGGGUACACGUCACGGAUAUGCGUGCACUGUACGCUGGAAAAUGACGUCAAUACCACGAACUGUCAUGCCUGCGGUGCAGCAUUGAGUGGGUCCCAAACAGUAGUCUAGGUGUAUAACUUGAGUUUAUUUAUUUAAAUUAUGAACCUAUAACUAAUUAGGCUUAAUAUGUUUUUCAUCUGUGUGACCUCCAAUCCACAUUUUUAGCUCACCUGAUUACUCAGGUGAGCUUUUGUGACCGGUCUUUGUCCGUCGUCCGUCCAUCCGUCCGUCCACAUUUGUUCGUUAACACUCUACAGGCCACAUUUAUUGUCCGAUCUUCAUGAAACUUGGUCAGAAGAUUUCUCCCAAUGAUAUCUCGAUCAAGUUCGAAACUGGGUCAUGCUGGGUCAAAAACUAGGUCACUAGGUCAAAAAAAAGAAAAACCUUGUAAACACUGUAGAAGUCACAUUUAUGCACAAUCUUCAUAUAACUUUGUCAAAAUGUUUGCCUUAUUGAUAUGUUGGUUGAGUUCAAAAGAUGUUCCGGUUCGUUGAAAAACAUGGCCACCAGUGGGCUGGGCAGUUUUCCUUAUUUGGCUAUAGAGAAAUCUUGUAAACACUCUGGAAGUCAAUAUUUUUGCCCAAUCAUCAUGAAAGUUGGUCAAAACAUAGGUUUUACUGAUAUCUCGGACGCGUUUGAAAAUGGUCCAUAUCGGUGAAAAAACAUGGCCGCCAGUGGGCGGGGCAUUUUUCUAUAUACAUUUGUAUGUAUAUAGUGAAAACAACGCUCUAGAAGUCACAUUUUUGGCCCAAUUUUCAUGAAAGUUGGUCAAAAUGUUUGCCUUAAUGAUAUGUUGGUUGAUUUCAAAAGUGGUUUCGGUCCGUUGAAAAACAUGGCCGCCAGUGGGGGGGGCAGUCUUCCUUAUUUUCCUAUAGAGAAACCUUGUAAACACUCUAGAAGUCACAAUUUUUGGCCAAUCAUCAUGAAAGUUGGUCAAAACAUUGGUUUUAUUGCUAUCUCAGACGAGUUUGAAAAUGGUCCAGAUGAGUGAAAAAACAUGGCCGUCAGUGGGCGGGGUAUUUUUCUCUAUAUAUACAUGCAUAUUGUGAAAACAUGUGAACACUCUAGAAGUCACAUUUUUGGCCCAAUAUGCAUGAAAUUUGGUCAGAACAUUUGUUUUCUUGAUACGAGAGUUGAGUUUGAAAAUGGUUCCGGUCAGUUGAAUAACAUGGCUGCCAGGGGGGAGGGCAGUUUUCUUAUAUUUAUAUAGUAAAAAAAGCUUGUGAACUUUCUAGAAGUCACAUUAUUUGCUCAAUCAUCAUGAAACUUGGUGAAAAGAUUGGUUGUAUAUAUAUCUCAUAUGAGUUCGCAAAUGGUCCGGAUCGGUAAUAAAACAUGGCCAUUAGGGAGUUGGGGCAGUUUUCCUUAUGUGACUCGAGGGAAACCUUGUGAUCGAACACUUUAGAAGUCACAUUUUUUGCCUAAUCAUCGUAAAACUUAGUCAAUACAUUGGUUUUAUUGAUUUCUCGGACAAGUUGGAAAAUGGCUCAAAUCGGUGAAACACACUUUUUAGCUCACAGGAUUGCUCAGGUGAGGUUUUAUUAAGGACUGGUUUAGGACACUCUAGCAUUCACAUUUCUCAAGCAUUCUUUAUCAAAGUUGCUGAAAGAUCUAUAUCAAGUUUGAUAAUGAGCAAAAUCACAUGAUUAAUGCCAUAAUUAUUGCCCUUAGAUUGUUCAAAUUAUCUUUAUAUUAUACAAAAUCUUUGUAAACACUCUAGAGGUCACAAUUUUGUUUCAGAUUUUAAGAAUCUUGGUCAUAAAAUUUAUUUUUGUAGCAAAUUUUGAUGUUUUGUAAGGGGGGUCAACUCAAAAUAUAGGUAACCAGGUCAAAUCUUACAAAAACAAAAACACUCCAUACGCCAGAGUUUUGGUUCAAUAAUGAUGAAACUUGACCAGGAUGUUUGUCUUGACAAUAUCUAGGUAAAGUUUGACAUUUGGUAAAGAGUGAAUGAACCGACUCCUCUCAUGUGAGCGAACUAGGGCCAUCUUGGCCCUCUUGUUAUAGUAGUUAAUGUUUGUUUUUAGCUCACCUGAGCACAACGUGCUCAUGGUGAGCUUUUGUGAUUGCUUUUUCUCCGUUGUCCGUUGUGCGGCGUCAACAUUUGCCUUGUUAACUCUCUAGAGGCCACAUUUAUUGUUCAAUCUUCAUGAAAUUUGGUCAGAAGAUUGGUUUCAAUGAUUUCUUGGAUGAGUUCGAAAAUGGUUUUGGUUUGAUUAAAAACAUGGCCACCAGGGGCGAGGCAUUUUUCCUUAUAUGGCUGUAUAUAUGGCUAUAGUAAAACCUUGUAAACACUCAAGAGGCCACAUUUAUUUUCCAAUCUUCAUGAAAUUUGGUCAGAAGAUUGGUCUCAAUGAUAUCUUGGAUGAGUUCGAAAAUAAUUAUGGUUGCUUGAAAAAAAUAGCUUCCAAGGGGUGGGGCAUUUUUCUUUAUAUGGCUAUAGUAAAAUCUUGUUAACACUCUAGUUAUAAUUAAGGGUAGGAAUGAAUCCUGAAUUUUAUCUAUUG